UCAUUUUAUUUUCUAUUUUAUAAGUCUCUAUCAGGAGAAACAAUUAAUUAUAAACGCUUUUGGAGUUUUUUGUGUGAGGAUGCAUCUGAAGUUUGCUGAUAUAAAUACAAAGAAGAUGAAGUGAGAGAGGGUUGAAGAAAACAAGACUUACUACUAGAGAGAGAAAAGAGAAUCAUGGUGAUAAAAAGGAUAGAGAUGUGUAUAGAGCUUAUGAGGAUAGGUGUGGAGUUUGUCGUAGUGGUGGCUGAAACCGUCAAGAUUGCCUGGCGGCAACACCUCAACCACCGCACUCCUCUGCCACCUCAACAUCUCCUCCGCCAGGGCAUUUCCCCUUCUUACCCUUCUCAAUUCAUCUUUGGAUUUCUCCCUUGAAAAUCUGUUUUUUUUGUAAUUUUCACGAAAUCAUUUACCCGCGUUUCUCUUACCUUUUGUCGUGGUGAACUCUUCGAUGUAGUUUUUGUUGAUUCUUGUAACACCUUAAUUAUUUUUUGUUCAAUAAGUUUUGCACUUCU